AUGUUGUCAUUCACUGUAUUAUUUUAUGCUAUGAAACAGCAUGAAAACUUUGGAAUCUUAUAUAUUUAUUUUUAUUUAUUAUUCAUUUUGUAUUAUUGCCUUUAUUUGUUUAAAAUUCUAGUUUUUAAUGAUUAUAAUGUACCUUUUUGAAGGUAGAGAUUUCACAUGGAUAUCUCUGAAUCUCACAGCUUGGACCAUGACCAUUGUCUUGCCCAACGAGGUCCACCAUCUGUCCUCUUCACCUGAUAAGGAAAACAGUUUCCCUCCUUUUCGUAUCAAUAAAAACUCCUCUCUGACAAGGGUUUUAGAGAUUAUUGUAGAUGACUAAUGCUGAUUUCUCCUGGUGCUAAUUGGGGACCAUGUACCAUAGUUUUCCUAUCAUAUAAUGCUCGAGUAUCAUUUAUGUUGUUGUCAAUGAAAAUUUGAUGGCUUAGACUCGGAAAAUUCGCAUCAUCUAGGUUAUACUUCCGCCUCCUCCAAGUAUUUCUUUUCUGUCUCUAUGAGUUUGUUUUUAAUAGUGAUAUUUUGUAAGAAAACGUUACCAUUAAGGAAGACUUAUAGAGAACAAUUGGGUAGGAGUGUGGAUGUCAAAACAUUUAGAGAAAUAUCACUGCCCUUAAUACUCCCCAACCCUCUUGCUUGUAAGGUAAUAUCCUUACCUUGGAAUUAGAUGUGUUCAAAACAGAUUUGAUGACCCGAUAUUUAUCUGAUUUUAUAACUGAAUCUGACUUCAACAUGAAUGUAAAAGUAUGUAAAAUCUAAUGCGGACACAAAAUCCCAGUUUAAAUCGAUCCAAGACACCUAACUUAAAAUCGACUCGAUGAUCCUAAAAAGAACCUCCACAUGGAAUAAUAAUAAAAAAAACUCCUCUCUGUCCUUAACGCUAAGUUAGCAUUUCGUCCUGGAGUGAAACAUUAGCUUUAGAGUUUAGGAACAAAGCUCAAGGAGAAAAUCCAGAUUAACUUGACUAUUGUAAAUUACUUCUAUUAAAUUGUGUCCUUCUAUUUAAUUCAUAUAUCAGCAGUUUUGUUUGGUAAGGUAUAAUUGAAGUAUUUGCAUUGUAUCUCAUCAAUUAUAUCUCGCUUUGCUAUUUAAGGACAUACUGAAAUAAUUAUGUUUUUGUCUUUGUAUAGGACUAUCUACUAGAGGAAACUCUUUGAAGUGACCUAUCCUAACAUUAUUGAAGGCUAUUCACUAAUAAUAAUAAUCAAUGUUCUUUUUAAGAUAAGAACAUUAGACAGUUAAUCUUAUAAUGGCUAAAAGUUGGUGAACGAUUACCUUGAUAAGAGGUAAUUAAGAGUCACACAUUAUAAAAUCAAUUUUUGAGUUUGAAUUAUCAGUUUAAGUUUUAAGUUAAUUUUCUUGACAUAUAAUACGCCCACGUCAUAAAUUUGAGUCUAAUUCACCUCUUCUUCACUGCUCUUUUCAAGUAUUAUAUUUAGCGUUAUAUAUGAGAAAGACUUGUUGUGUUGCGUCGCUUUUGAUUUCAAGGGUUGUUUUAACAAAGUGGUAGAUUUAGGAUUCUACUAAUCUUUGGGUUAAAUGACAACUUAAGGACCUCUUUUAGGACACCCCUAUAACAUGAAAGCUUCGAGUAUAUGAAAGUGUAGCCUCUCUGCACAGCUUUAUAAUGUUGUAAGUAUCUUCAUUUUCAUGCAAUUUGCUUGGGCCCCCUUCUCACCUUUUCUAUCGGAGAAACCAUGGCCUUUUCUUGGGGACCUUCCCUUUGAAUUUGGUAAGGUGUACAAAACAAAAGCAACUCAGAACUCUGUAUCUUCACCUUAGCACCGUUGAUCAUUCAUAGUAGAGUUUGAGAGAUAAAUAAGAGAGAUAAACUUUUCUUGAUUUCAUUCCAUCAUAAUGAGUUUAAUGUCAUAAGCCUCUUCUUCCUUUGUUUCAUGUAUGUCGGAAAUGGCUGCCAUCGAAUCAAUACCGAACUACAAUGAUUUCUUCAACUUUAUGGUCUAUGACACACUAAAUGCUCCUCUGUAUGGAUGGAAUAUUGGAAUUACAGAUGAUAUUUGUUUGUCUGAAACACCCCAAGCUCUUGGUGACUUGGGCUUGGUGGGUCAGAAUCCGGGUAGAAAAACCGACAGCCGGAAGGUGAGCUUGGGAGUGCAAGGAAGGAAGAAGAGGAGGAGAAGGCCUACGGUUUGUAAGAACAAAGAAGAAGCUGAGACACAAAGGUUGACACACAUUACUGUUGAGAGAAAUCGACGUAAGCAGAUGAAUGAACACCUUGCUGUUUUACGUUCCCUCAUGCCAGAAUCUUAUGCUCAAAGGGGUGAUCAGGCCUCAGUAGUUGGUGGUGCCAUAGAAUUUGUGAAGGAGCUUGAGCAUCUUGUACAUUCCUUUGAAAUUCAGAAACUGAACUUUCUUCAGAAAACUGGAAUGAAUUCAGAACAUGGUAAAACAACGCCUACCACCACGCACAGCAGCACACUGUUAACGCCAUCCUUCACAGAAUUUCCCUCGGAUUCUGAACAGACUUUCUCGUUAGUUGGUAACAAGUGUACCUUAAAAGCACCAGUAGCUGAUGUUGAGGUCACCUUGAUUGAAACCCAUGCUAAUCUCCGAAUCCUUACGAAGAAAAAUCCAAGGCUGUUAUCGAAAUUGGUUUCUGGUUUCCACACACUUCGUCUCACUGUUCUUCACCUCAAUGUGACUACCUUGGACCCUUUAGUCCAGUAUUCCAUCAGUGUGAAGGUAGAAGAAGGAUGUCAGCUCACUUCUGUAGAUAGCAUUGCUGAGGCAGUUCAUCACAUGCUUAGCAUAAUUGAGCAAGAUUGUGUGCCUUUCUUGCUAACAUAUUAGAUUAUGUAGUUGCUUACGAUGUUCGAUAUUCGAUGUUGGAUGUUGGAUGUUCGUUCUUGCUUUUAGGUAUGCCAAAUUGUGUCAUGAUAUAUGAUUGCAUAUUUGCAUUGUGAUGUCUUAGAACACUUCUUGUUUGAAGAGCUAGAGAAAGUAUAUCAAAGGUUAAUCAUUUUCAUCCAUGUUAUGGAGUACAAUUUGCUUGGAUUGUGUUUAAAUGGAAUUAGUUCUCUAAAUUUGAUGGUACUAUGUUCAUUGCUUACCUAUAUAUAUGAAUGUAGUAAUCUAUAAGCGGGAUAUGUGAAUAAUUGAAUGUAAGAAGGAAUAUCAGUAGAAUUUUAGUAUAAGCUUCCAAUGUCCGAAA